UGAUGUAGCAACAAAGAGGGCAUGUACAAUAGCCGGUCUCCAACAAACAGUCUCCAGAGUUUCGCGAUAUAAUCGGUGUGUUAGAAGUGAUAACUGGAAGAUAUUACCUGAGAGGGUUCAUUUAAAGGCAAAGAACAGCACAGAUAGCCUCUAAAAUGGCUUAUAAAUUGGAUCUACCGAUCGACUUGAAGGAGGCAGCCUCCAUCGAGAGGCGACGAAAUAUGGAGGAGGAGAGAAAAUCGCGAAUUUUUAACGCCAAAGUUCGCCUUAUCGGCAUAGAUCGCCAGGCUGUAGAACAGCAAGUAAGAGACAGGAAAGAGAUGGAGGAAAUGGAAAGGAGGCGUCACGAAGCCUUUGCUGCUGAUGCAGUCAGAUGUGACAGGAUUGCUGAACUUCUCACCAAGAGACAGGAGCAUGAUAUCCGCCAGCUAAACCACGCCCUAAAUGAAUUCCGCCAACUCCACCAACAGCCUUCCAAUCGCAGGGAGUGGGAUUUAUAUGACCCCGAUUCACUGAAAAAAGACAAGCCAGCAAGAGUAUCAGACGACGACCCUCGCUGCGGCAUCUCCGGCUUACAGAAAUUUGAUGGGGAGGACCUGAAUAACAAGGCCCGUACUAAAUACCAACAAGAGCAGCUGAGGGAAUGGUCCGAGAGGCAGAAGAAGGAGAGAGAACAGGCAGAGGAGAACCAGAGAAAGGCAGAUAGGUUGUAUGAACUGAAGAUGAGGGAGUUAGAUGAAAGAGCUAUGGAGCUGCAGAAGGCAGAGGAAGCCUGCAGGAGAGCCAUCAACCAUGCACAGAAAGACUUUAACCAUGCACUGGCUGCAGAGCAAGCAGAGAAACGUCGCUUGAACAAGCAGCAGGAAGAAGACGACAACGCCACAGAAUUAGCCAAUCACAUCUAUGGCGAUGUCUUGACGGAAAAUCCCGCAGUGGCUCAGAGUGCCUGGGGUCCUCACAGGGUCAUCACUGACCGCUGGAAGGGGAUGAGUCCAAAGCAGUUAGAUGACAUAAAGAAAACACAAGAUAGACAGAGGAAAGAGAAUGAGCGUUUGAGACAAGAGGAAGAUCUCAGAAACAAAGAAUGGGAUGCUCAUCGUGUAGCGCAUGCACGUGCAGGCAUGCUUAUUGAGCGGGAACUAGAUAGGCAAAAGAAGGAAAUUUUGAAACAGCAAGCAGAAGAAAACCGUCGCCUUGCCUCAGAGCAGAAGGCAAGCAAGGACUAUUUAUACAAGGAAGUUUACACAAAUCCACCCACAGCUUCGUAUUUUAUGCAGUUUAACACGUCAACACGAUAAAACUCGAGACUGCUCUGACAAUGUUGGUUUUUAACUGCAGCUAACAAAUGGUCACUGAUCUUAGUGAUCACAAAAUUAAUGGUGGAAACUCUGACCAGAACACUGGAUAUCAGAGUUAUUCAUCAUUGAUUUCAAAGAGGCAUAAUUUUAUUGGAAAGAAUCAGAAAAAAUGUAUUUAUUGCACCAACCACCUCUUCCAUUGUGCCUCAGAGAAAUGUGUAUUAAUUUUUUUACUUGAAAGAGGUCAUGUUGAGACUGAUCCUUUUUGUAUCAUAAAUAUUAAUGUUGUCGUAUUUUCUAUUUGCAAUAAUUCUCUAUUUUGACUGUAGCAAAUGUUAGUAGUUUUGAAAAGGCUACGGAGGUUACAAAUUGUAUUUACAUCCACUUUAAAUGUUGAUGCCAACACGAGUAAUUUGUUGAAUAAGUUAACAGUGAUAACUAUCAAGUGAUAUUUUGCUUUGUACCAGUAUUAAAGUGAAAGACGUUAUGAGAUUCUGAAAUGAAUUGCACUUUAAGAUCCUUUGGGCAAUUAUUAUUGUAGCUGGAUUUGAAGGAUUUUGUCAUUGUAACUUUAAAGCAACGUUCUCUAAAAACUUCUAAAUGACUGAUCACAAAAUAGUUUGUUGGUAAGAUAAUUAAAAUAGUAUUAUUUUAUGAAUGCCAAACUCGUAGUUUGCAUACCAUGCCAAGUACUUUUCACAAUACGUGGAAUGUUUUUUCCUCACUUUCUGUAGCAAUAACUACACUCAAGUGCCCUGUAAACUAACUGUAAAGUUAAUGAAUUGAAGUGCUCAUUGAUAUGCCAUGGUGUAUAUCAAAUACUGGUAUUAUUGUUAUGUAUUUACUGAUCACUGUUCAGCAGUAUCAAUAAAUGACUUAAAAUAAA